AUGGCUUGCUAUCCAGCUCUGAGCUCUGGCAUCUGCGCCAGCCCCUGCGGGGUGGCUGUCCCACAGCCCAUCGCGGACAGCUGGAACGAGCCGUGCGUCCGGCAGUGCCCCGACUCCACAGUGGUGAUCCAGCCGCCCCCGUCUGUUGUGACCAUCCCUGGAGCCAUCCUCAGCUCCUUCCCUCAGGACAGCGUUGUGGGAUCCACCGGAGCUCCUCACGUUGGAGCUGGUUUUGGGGGCAGCUUUGGGUCCCGGGGCUUCGCUGGCUCCCGGGCCUACCUUGGUGCUGGGGGUCCCUAUGGCUCUGGUGGAAUCUGGGGUUACGGGGGCCUUUGUGGUUCUGGGGGCUGGCGGUCGGGCCACAGGUACCUCAAUGGCAACUGUACGCCAUGCUAA